GCCGAGAUGAGGUUGCCUGCUUGCCGCUGCUGGCCCUGCUGGGCGCCGCCCGCGCCGUGCCGUUCCUCCUGCGUGAGCUGGACGAGCCGAUGAUCCAGCACCGGUCGGACGAGAUGGACCUGCUGGAGGACGACCACAGCGGCCAUGGCGCUUUAUUCGCCUUCCAGCUGCCGAAGAUUGACUUGUCGGCCCUCUUCCAGCCGCUCCGGGUAUUCGCAGGUGUGCGCCGGCCCGGGGUGGCCUACGCGCCCGAGGAGCUGGACUGCGACCUAGGCAAGUUUGACCUGGACGAAGAUGACUACUCAGUCGUCAUGGACUGCCAGAAACAGUACAACGGCGACAACGUCUUGCUCAAGGAGUGCAUCGUGGCGGGUUUGCUCCCCUCCGCUGAUGAGGCGAAGGAGUUCCUCGACAGGGAAGAGUUCGCCCUGACCAGCCUCAGCUCGUCCAUCUCGCUGGCUCUGGUCAACGGAGAGUUUACCCAGAAGCGGACGGUGUCGCUCCGACUUUGCCCUAAGGACGAGAUUAACAGCAUCGGCACGGCUGAGAGCGCCCCCAUUGACCCCGACCGUGUCGACUUGUCAGGCCCCGCCCCCGUUCAGCCGGCCCUGGGUCUGGCUCCGGCCCGGCCGGUGGGCGGCCUCGCCCCCGCACGGCCGUUCUUCCAGUUCCAGUUCCCCGACUUCGGCGAUCUGUUCGCGCCCUUCUUCCCGGUGGACGCGCCGGGGGCGGUGCCGGACAUCGCCGAGCGGUUCCCCAGCCAGCGGCCGGCCGGCGGGCAGGCGCCCCUCGUUCCGGGCGCCGGCCGGCCCGGUGGCCCGUUCCCGUUCCCGUUCCUGCCCGCCGUGCCCGAGCCGCAGACUCCCACAGACAUUGAUUUGACCAAGUGUAGCAACAAGAAGUUCGAGGUGUCCAGGGACAUCUUCAACGUGGCCAACGAAUGCCAGUACUCUGACGACUACAAGAAGUGUCUGACAGAAGGUCUGGGCUCCAAUGGGGCGGCCGCCGAGCUGCUGGAGUUUGCCGCUGACCCCGAUUACCACAUCGUCGGCUCCAGCUUCUCCAGCUUCCACACCUCUAUCAACUUCCAGGCUACUCAGAGAAAUCAGAUUUUCCUUAACCGCUGUCUGAAGAUCGAGAAGCCCGAAGAAGUUUCCCAGUCCGCUGAGGCUUAUCCCGAAGUUGUCCCGGAAGCUUCCGAGACGAUCCCCAAUGGAGCUGAAGGCCCCGAGUACAAUCCUGAGGUCUCCGGUCUCCCAGAGACCGCUCCUGAGGAGGCUGCCAUUGCUCCAGAGGAGUCCUCGGAAGAGGUUCCUGUCGUCCCUGAAGAAUCCCCUGAGGAGCUCCCUGCCUCCUCGGAGGUAGUCCCGGAAGAGAUCCCGUCCGUCCCCGAAGUCCUCCCCGAAGAGGUGGCUGCAGCUCCUGAAGCUCCUGAAGCUCCCGAGGCUCCGCCCGCUGAGCCGGAGGAAGCCGCCGAAGCUGAGAAAACCGACGGCGAGGAUGCCCCUUCCUACGAACCGUGAAAAGCUGGACAACGUUGGUGCCUUCUGGCUGAAAGAACGUCUGUUACGAUGAGGUUGUAUCACAUUCAGCACCUGCCCUCACGCCGUGUCGUCUCGGGGCAGAGUUGACACGAGAGGUUAAUUCCAAAUGAAGGCGCAGAGAAUGGCCAGAACAAACAAACUUUGUUGAAGAAACAUAUUUAUUUUGUUGUAGUCUUGUGUUUCACCACGCGGUUGUGUAUGAUUGUUAUGAGGGCUUCACGAGUAUUAGUUCCAACGAUGACCCGCGGUUUGCGCAAGAGCGUCGGCACUUGUUUAAAGCCGAUUACGUGGGCGCCUGUAACCUGUGGUAGGCUCAGUCGAGUGUUCAUUGCAGCAAUCAGUCUUACCUAGUAAUCAUGGCGUGUAAAACGUUGAAGAUUGGCAUAAGAAACUUGCAAAGCUUGCGGGUGUGAUAAUGAACUGGAUAGUGCUCGGAAAUAUAUCCUUUCUAGUUACU